CGCGCGCGCCGCCCGCGCGGCCGCGCGUGGCGGCGGAGGUGAGCGCCUCGUGGAGUUCGCCGUGGAGCGAGCUCCCGAGGGCCACGGAGACCUUGGUCGAGCAGGUGCUGAGGGCCGAGGGCGAGUCCGUGCUGCUGGGCGGCGUCGGGCGGGUAGAGUCCGUGCCUGGCAGCUCGGGCCUGCGGCACUGCUUCUUCCCGCAAAUGCAAGUGGGGCCCUACAGGAUCCAGGUCCGCCUCACUUGCGUCUUCAGCGAGGCGAAGCGCGGGCGCGUCGGCGUUCAGGUGCUGGAGCUCAACCCCGGCGUGGUGAACCCCGUGACGGGGGACGUCGAGUUCCAGGAGGACCCCCGCGGCCUGCUGGACGCCCCCUCCGAGGUGGAGAUCGCGUGGCGCGACGCGCCCGCGGGGCGCGGGCUGCGGGUGGCGCAGAGGGCCAGGCAGCUUUUCAGGCUGAGGGUGCCCUGGUGGUUCCCCGUCGAGGAGAUUCGCUCAUGAAGGCGGUCAUCCAGCCCUUUGUGGCCAAGGCCAUCGAGGCGAGCCAGGCGGGCGUGCUCUCGUCCCUGAGGAAGCAGCUGGCCCUCGCGGGCCGCGUGCCGGCCCCGAACGCCAGGGCCCCCGCGUGAUGGAGGCCGCGGCUCGAGGUCACCUGAACGCGCGGGGGCUCCGCGGCCGCGUGUCACCGCCCAACCCGAAGGCCCCGAUUUGCCCUGCAUUUCCACUGGGGGUCGGUCGGGG